UGGACAACACAGCCACAGGCAGCUGGACUGCUGACCCUCCGUCCUCAACAGUGAAGAACUCCUGUCACCCCAAUCUGAAGAUGUUCCUUGCUGCCUUGUCCUUUGCCUACUUUUCCAAAGCUUUGUCUGGCAGCUAUAUGAAGAGUACAAUUACACAACUAGAAAGGCGAUUUGACAUCCCCAGCUAUAUGAUUGGCAUCAUAGAUGGGAGCUUUGAAAUAGGAAACUUGUUGGUGAUUGCCUUUGUGAGUUAUUUUGGUGCCAAGCUUCACCGACCCAAGAUCAUAGCAAUUGGAUGUAUCUUGAUGUCUUUUGGGACCUUCUUGAUCGCCAUGCCUCAUUUCAUCAUUGGCCGCUAUAAGAUCGAAACAUCAGUUAGAUCUUCAGUGAAUUCAACAAAUAACCUCUCUCCAUGUCCAACAAGCUCACCUGAGUCCUCCAGGACAGGUGACAGACCCUCUAUACUACCCUCUAGAGGCUGUGAGCGAGAGUCCAGUGUUUCUAUGUGGAUCUACGUGUUUCUGGGAAAUGUUCUGCGUGGGAUUGGAGAGACUCCUGUACAACCUUUGGGAAUCUCCUAUAUUGAUGAUUAUGCACAGUCUGAGAAUGCCGCCCUGUAUAUCGGUUGUGUCCAAACCAUAUCAAUAAUUGGUCCUGUCUUUGGGUACCUGCUGGGGUCGCUGUGUGCUAAGAUCUAUGUUGACAUUGGUUAUGUGGACAUGGAGACUGUGACUAUUACUCCUGCUGAUGCCCGUUGGGUGGGAGCGUGGUGGCUGGGCUACCUCAUUGCUGGUGCUAUCACUCUGAUGUCAGCAGUUCCUUUCUGGUUUCUGCCCAAAUCGCUGCCCAUGCCAGUUGAUAAACACGAUACCAGCUGCACUCCAGAGCAGACCAGGUUUAUCAAGGAUUCCCCAUCCAUGGAGCACAAAUUCAGACCUGAGGAGCCGGCUAAUUUACAUCAGAUGGCCAAAGAAUUUGUGCCCACAUUGAAGAGUCUCUUUGGGAAUCCUGUGUACGUCAUCUACUUGUGCGUCACCAUCAUUCAGUUCAACUCUCUCAUUGGCAUGGUCACCUACAAGCCCAAAUACAUUGAGCAACACUAUGGUCAGUCAGCAUCAAAAGCCAAUUUUCUCAUGGGAAUGAUCAACAUCCCGGCUGUGGCCCUUGGGAUGUUCUCUGGAGGAGUAGUCAUGAAGAAGUACAAGCUAGGUGUCAUGGGAGCAGCUAAAUUUGCCUUUGGGACCUCUCUGCUGGGCUAUUUCCUGUCGCUCUUUUUCUUAGCCAUGAGCUGUGACAAUGCCAAGGUGGCAGGCAUCACAGUUUCAUAUACUGGAGUGGAAGGCUUGUCUUACCAGGAGCAAUCCCUCUUCUCCGACUGUAAUUCAGGUUGCUUGUGCUCAAGGAGGGAGUGGGAUCCAGUGUGUGGAGAGAAUGGGAUAACCUACAUGUCCCCAUGCUUGGCUGGAUGCACCUCCUCCACUGGCUCUGGCAGAAACACGGUGUUUGACAAUUGCAGGUGUGCAGUGAUGGCUGAUACCCAACUAGGCAACCUAACGGCCACACUGGGCCAGUGUCCACGCAGGGACAGCUGUGACAAAAUCUUUCCAUAUUUUCUGGCUCUGUCUGUCCUCAGUUCCUUCAUCAUCUCACUUGGGGGCACACCUGGCUUUGUGCUGCUCAUCAGGUGCAUCAAGCCUGAGCUGAAAUCCCUUGCUCUUGGAAUCCACACAUUGGCCACUCGCACUCUGGCUGGGAUACCGGCCCCGAUAUACUUUGGAGCUAUAAUUGACACAACAUGCCUUAAAUGGGGAUACAAGAUGUGUGGAGGAAGAGGAGCAUGCAGAAUAUAUAACACCUCAGCUUACAGGAUAGUGUACCUGGGUCUGACACUGGGUCUGAGGACGGUCUCUUUCUUUCUGUGUAUUUUGGGCUUUCCUCUACUCAAAAGACAUAUUAAGAAGGAGGAGAAAGCUGCCAUGACCAAUGGGAGUGCAGAUCUGGAGUCACUGAGGAAAGAGGAGAGCAGCUCUAUACACUGUGAGCAGUUUAUACUGGCUUUGGAUUGCAAUCCUAACAGAGAGACGCGCUUGUGA